AUGUGCAACAUCAAGUGGGACAAGAGUCACAUUGCAGACGCCUCAGUUAUCAGAGUUGACGUCAGUAAACCAGUCGGAGAGCUCAAGCAUUUUUGGAGAAGUACAGGUUUCUGUCCUCCGCUCCCUCACGCACGCGCAGACCAGUAUGAUCUGAGUGUGGACCAGCGCCUCAACCUGGCCUUUGUGGGCUCCGUGCCCCAUGGAGGCUUAAAACAAGUCCGCAUUCACUGGAUGCUGGAGCUCAUCACAGCCGAACGAAUAGAAGGAGCGGUCCACUAUAACUUCACUAAACUUGAUCAGCUGAUUGAUCUGUUAUGGACCAAUGGGCUCCAACCAGGUUUUGAAUUAAUGGGUAGUGUUUUAAACUUCUUUACUGACUUUGAAGACAAGUCCCAAGUGUUUGAAUGGCGGAACCUCAUUUAUCAAAUUGCCAAGAGAUAUAUAGACAAGUAUGGCCUUGGAGUUGUCUCUCAGUGGAACUUUGAAACAUGGAAUGAGCCCAAUAAUCAUGACUUUGAUAAUCUCACAAUAUCUAUUCAAGGUUUCCUAAACUACUAUGAUGCCUGUUCAGAGGGUCUGCGAGCUGCCAGUCCCCUUCUCAGAUUCGGAGGUCCAGGAGACUCCUGCCACACCCCUCCUCACUCCCCUUACUGCUGGGCGAUGCUGCAACACUGUCAUAACGGCACAAACUUUUUCACAGGCGAGAGAGGGGUCCGGCUUGACUAUAUUGCUCUGCACAAAAAGGGGGGAGGAUUUUCUCUUCCCAUCAUGCAACAGGAGAUCCAGACAGUAGGAGAGAUACAUGAGCGCUUUCCUAAAUUUCAAAAUUUGCCAAUCUACAACGACGAGGCUGAUCCACUGGUGGGAUGGUCCAGACCUCAGGAGUGGAGGGCAGAUGUGACCUACGCUGCGAUGGUGGUCAAGGUUAUAAAACAGCACCAACACCUAUUGAUGUCAAAUCCAAACAACACGAUAAACUACACUCUCCUUAGUAACGACAACGCCUUCCUAAGUUACCACCCGCAUCAGUUCACUCAGCGCACUCUGACCGCACGCUUCCAAGUCAACAACACGAGGCCAGCUCAUGUGCAGAUGAUCCGGAAACCCGUUCUGACUGUGAUGGGGCUUCUGGCGUUGCUAGGAGACACUGAGGUUAUGUCUCAACUUGUGACCCCCUCUCAAACACUGGGGGUUAUAGCCAGCUCCCAUAGUCCUUCAGUGUCCUGGAGCUCUGACAGCUGGCAAACCGCAGUCCUGCUUUAUAACAGCGAUGACAACCAGACAUCGACCAGCUCCGACCAAGUAACUGUGGAGCUGAACUCACUGCCAAAACUACAAGGUCUUGUAUAUGUCACAUUUUACAUGGACAAUAAUCGCACCAAUUCAUAUCAACUUUGGAAAAGCAUGGGCAGCCAGGACUUCCCCACACCUGAGGACUUUAAAAAGCUCAGAGGAUCACAGGAUGCUGUUGUCGAAGGACCCUGGCCAGUUCCUCCUGGAGAUACACUGGCCGUAAAGGCAAAACUGCCAGUACCCUCUGUUCUACUUAUCCAUGUCUGUGCCCGGCCCAAAGUCGCUCCAGAUCAGGUAAAUGGGUUGCGCUUCAUUGAGAUUUCUACAGGCCAGGUUUUGAUUGUUUGGUCCGACCACUGUGUGAACUCCAAAUGUGUAAAAACAUUUGAAGUGGAAUUUUGUGUUGAUGGAAAUAUAUUCAAAAGGAUAAAUGUUAAAGACAUAAUUUUCACCUCAUAUGUCCAUUCGCCUGUUGACCAGGAGGUGAGUGGCCUGUAUAGAGUCCGAGCUCUGGACUACUGGGGCAGGCCUGGUCCAUAUUCACCGACAGAGAGGUAUUCACAACACAGAUGA